AUGUCGUUCGCCCUGCCGUUGUGUCGACUUUCUGCGGGUCUUUCUCAUCGAAUAGCCGUUGCAGAACGUUCAAUCCUGGUAGGAAAAUUCGCCUGUCGAUUAUACUCGAGUAUGGAGACGAAACGCAUUAAAGUAGCGAAUCCAGUGGUGGAUAUUGACGGUGAUGAGAUGACGCGAAUCAUCUGGGAAAAAAUAAAGAACACAUGCGAAUACUUUGACCUGGGUUUGCCCAAUCGUGACCACACUGAUGAUAUGGUCACAGUGGAGGCUGCGAAUGCCAUUAAGAAAUGCGGUGUAGGAAUCAAAUGUGCAACAAUCACUCCUGACGAACAACGAGUGGAAGAGUUCAAAUUGAAGAAGAUGUGGUUGUCUCCGAACGGCACAAUCAGGAAUAUUCUUGGCGGUACCGUCUUUCGCGAACCGAUCAUAUGCAAGAAUAUACCUCGUCUUGUUCCCGGUUGGACAAAACCAAUCAUUAUUGGACGUCAUGCACAUGGCGACCAGCUGUUUAAGAUAUUUUGCCAUCUCGGGCCAGUUUCCACUACCGGUAUAUCCUUGUCCAUGUUGUUGAUGAUGACCGAGUUUACCAAAACCAGAAUCGGGUCGGAAGUUGCGAGUGCAUUAAUCGGUUUGUUGUAUGGCUGUGAAACCUGGCCUAUUCGAGCGGCGGAACUGAGACGUCUUCAGGUGUUCGACAAUCGUUGUCUCAGAACCGUAACUCGUUACAAAGCCACCGACAUCGUUGUCAAAGAACCUGGAACGAUUGAGUUAGUUUUUACGCCAAAGGACACAGCUAAACCGCCCGAACGACACACUGUGUUCCAAUUUCCUGACGGAGGCGUCAGUAUGGCGAUGUAUAAUACGGACGAGUACAAAGCCACCGACAUCGUUGUCAAAGAACCUGGAACGAUUGAGUUAGUUUUUACGCCAAAGGACACAGCUAAACCGCCCGAACGACACACUGUGUUCCAAUUUCCUGACGGAGGCGUCAGUAUGGCGAUGUAUAAUACGGACGAGAGUAUUCGCGGUUUCGCCUACAGCUGUUUCGAGUAUGCGCUGAGCAAAAGGUGGCCGCUCUAUAUGAGCACAAAGAACACAAUUCUGAAAAGAUACGACGGUCGGUUCAAAGAUAUAUUCGAGGAAAUCUAUGUGAAGGACUACAAAACAGCUUUCGAAGCAGCCAAUAUCUGGUACGAGCAUCGACUGAUCGAUGACAUGGUUGCCCAAGCACUCAAAUCAUCCGGCGGGUUCGUAUGGGCUUGCAAGAACUACGAUGGAGACGUACAAAGCGAUAUUGUUGCACAGGGUUACGGUUCUCUUGGCCUAAUGACUUCUGUGCUCAUGUGUCCGGACGGCAAAACUAUCGAGGCAGAAGCUGCGCAUGGCACUGUAACCAGACACUACCGGGAACAUCAGAAGGGCAAACCGACUAGCACCAACCCGAUUGCUAGCAUUUUCGCCUGGACUCGUGGUCUGGCACAUCGGGGCAAACUGGAUAACAAUCAGGAAUUGAUCAAUCGCUUUCUAAAAAAAGUACUUUUCGUGGAUAACCAAUCGAUUUCGUUUGUCGCGCUUAGGUUUUGCGACGAUUUGGAGAAGGCCUGCAUUGAGACAGUGGAAAGCGGAAAAAUGACCAAAGACUUGGCCAUUUGUAUCCAUGGGUUGAAGGAUGUCAAGCCAGAGCACUUUCUCACCACUAUGGACUUCCUAGAGGCCAUUGCGUCCCGGUUGAGGGAGAAACGUGGCACUGCAUGA